UGCAUGCCUGGUACUCUCUCCUUCGCAGCCCAUCAAACUACAGGCUACAAGACUUCAUGGACGUAGAGCCUGUCUUCUCUCGUCUUAGACAUCGUAAUUAGUUUACAUUACACUGAUUUAAGUUAUACAGGCCCAUACUGUUCAGGACUAGACAUAUACAGAUCUGCUGCAAGGAUACCAAGAAGUGAAGUGAAGGGCUUUCACAAUACAUCUAAAUGCGGAUGUUUUCGCUUAAAGGGAAGAGAAACCCAUUGCUGUUUUGCAAUAUUUGAUAAUAGUCUGGCACAUUGAAUAAAGUGUGCAGGGUGCAAGCUAACGCUCCUGUCAGAAACAAACACUUAAUCUAUAAUAAUGGGUAGUACAGCUACGGAUAACAACAAGAAAAGAGAUGUGAAGAAAAAGAACACGAAAAGGAAACGAUCGCUUCGGCUGAAUAUGCCUGACCUGAGCUCAUUUGCUAUGCCCUUCCUGGAGGGGGAUGCCGAGCAGUCGGGGAAGGACGCAAUACGCAAGGGGGAUGCAGGUUGCCAGUCGGCGAGCCCCACCAGAGGCUUUUUCGCACGGAGCCCCUUUAGCCGGCCCUCCAGCCCUCUGUCGGCCCCAGUGAGGAACAGCUCCCGCAACAGCCAGGGCUCCCCAAAAACCAUCUUCCCCUACCCCGCGCACCAGGACUCCCCACCCAAGUCCCCACACCGCCUCAGCUUCACGGGCAUCUUCCGCACCUCCUCCAGGGACUCCAGCUCCACCUCCACCUCCCCCUCCCCCGUCAGCAUCAAGCUCUUCUCUAGAGCACGGAAAGCCUCGGGAAUGUCCUCCCCACCCGCCACCCCUCCUGCUCAGGUGACCAAGCCUCUGUCGUUACCCGUGGAGGCGUACCGCAGGACGGCAGGACGGCAGGACGAGCACCUGGAGAGGGCCCAGCGGCAUCAUCUUCAUCAGCAGCAGCAGCAGCAGCAGCGGGAGCGACCGCGCUCUCUCUCCUCGCCCCUGGACACGGGCCAGCCACGGUUCAGCCUGCCCCCCUCCUCCUCCUUCUCCUCUUGCUCCUUCGCCAAGCCACCCUUGACCCCCUCGUCCGCCCCCAUCUCUACCUCACGACUGGUCCCCGGUCUUGCUGAAGGCAUGCUGGAGAAACUUGACCUCGAGGAUGACGUUGAAGAAUCUGAGAGUGAUAUUUACACACGCUUUAUGAAAUCCCACAAGUGCUACGACAUUGUUCCCACAAGUUCCAAACUGGUUGUUUUUGACACUACGUUACAAGUGAAGAAGGCGUUCUUUGCUCUGGUGGCCAAUGGCGUCCGUGCGGCCCCUCUGUGGGAGACCAAGAAGCAAAGCUUUGUGGGAAUGCUAACCAUCACAGACUUCAUCAACAUACUGCACAGAUACUACAAGUCGCCCAUGGUACAAAUCUACGAGCUAGAGGAACAUAAGAUAGAGACAUGGAGAGAGCUCUAUCUACAAGAAACAUUUAAGCCUUUAGUGAACAUAUCACCAGAUGCAAGCAUAUUUGAUGCUGUGUAUUCGCUGAUCAAAAACAAGAUCCACCGGCUGCCCGUGAUCGACCCGGUCAGCGGGAACGCACUUUACAUCCUCACCCACAAGAGGAUCCUGAAGUUCCUCCAGCUCUUUGUGUGUGAGAUGCCAAAGCCGGCCUUCAUGAAGCAGACCCUGGGGCAGCUGGGCAUCGGCACCUACAGAGACAUCGCCUUCAUCCACCCCGACACGCCCAUCAUCAAAGCCCUCAGCCUCUUCGUGGAGCGGCGCGUCUCCGCCCUGCCCGUCGUCGACGAGUCGGGAAAAGUGGUUGAUAUUUAUUCCAAGUUUGAUGUCAUAAACCUUGCUGCUGAGAAGACGUAUAACAACCUGGACAUCAGUGUGACUCAGGCUCUGAGGCAUCGCUCACAGUAUUUUGAGGGGGUGAUGAAGUGCAACCUGAUGGAGACACUGGAGACCAUUGUGGACCGGAUAGUCAAAGCUGAGGUGCACAGGCUGGUGGUGGUGGACGAGAACGGCAGUAUCGCGGGCAUUGUGUCCCUGUCAGACAUUCUGCAGGCCCUGGUUUUGACCCCUGCAGGGCUGGAGAAGCGCAAAGAGAUUGUGGCGGAGUGAGGAUUUGGACGCUGCCACCUGUUGAGUUGCACCAGCUGCCGGUGCUGGAGUGGGCACAGCCCUCCCCUACCACCAGGGUGGCACUGUGGGGCGCGGGCAAGGGAGGGGGGGCAGUGUGGGGAGUGUCGGGGGCAUAGAGCUGAGUGCCAGAUGGGGCAGCAGCUGGUCAGACUGGUGGAGUGGGCAGGGGGGGGUCAUCAGGUGGACCACCAAAGAUUGCUUUUCAGUGACCAGGGGGGCUAUGGGAUCUGUUUUACCUCUCUAUUUGCUAUGUCCCUUGUUCUUUUUUUCUCUCUCUCUCUCCCUUGUUUAUCUAUCCCUCUCUUCCCCAUGCUUUCUGUCUUACAGAGAUUAUAUGCCACCAUAACUCUGUGUCUCGCGUGUGUGAGACACAGAACAUUCUGCUGUUUCUGUCUGUUAUGGGCACUUACAGAAAAGGCCAAGAAUGAGUUUGAAAUAUACCUUUAUCUGUCAUGGAUAGUUUCUUUCUUUACAGUGGACGUGGGUAGUGGCCGUAGAGCUCCACACUAGUCCGCUGCUCGCUGCUUCCUUCUACAUCGGCUCCAUGGCAGCAGAAUCUUCAGACUGACGCUUUAUUUUGCACAAGUUGAGGAAACACUGCGUUUGUUUCUUUUCCUAUCUGACACCCUUUAACCUAUAAUGAUGUUAUACCCUCAGUCCACCUCGGGGGUUGCCACCCAGCCACCCCUUCCCCCUACCCCCUCCCUACCCUGCAAUGGCAUGAAAUCAGAGUGUGGAGCCUAAUCUAAGUCUGGACGUGUCAUUUGUGCCUUUUGCUGCCCGUAGUCAUCAUGGUGUCGUGAGCGAGGGUGCACAAAUGAGAGUGUUUGUAUAAAAUGGACUCGGAAUGACAUGAAUGUGAACAUAUUUACACACACACACACAUACACACACACACACACAUACACAUACACACACACAUAUAAACAAGAACCAAAACAAUAUCCAGUAAUGGAUGGGUUAUUAUAUUUUGUUGCUUUAUUUGAUUUUUUCUCUUCAGUUUUCUAUAAGGAUAUCAGUUUUGGUAUGCGUUCUUGUUUUGAAUUACUGAUGCUGUAAAGAGUAGAGCUUUAUUUAUUUAUAUUUAACAGAAAUUCUUUCUUUUUUUGAACAAGUAAUAUUUUAGAUACAGUAGGAAAAUAAUAUUAUGCCUGUUGCCCCUAUGCAUUACUGUAGUGGAACAACAAUCUGUUGUUCAGUGCAGUUGAAAAUUACUGCUGCUGCCUACAGAGCCGAAUUUUUAUUGUUUUGUUUUUGUUUGAUUUUGUUUCCUCCUGCUGCCAGAGGCAUGCAAAUCGUCUGUACUGCUCCUUACCUUAUCAAUCGUACUGUACAUAUAAGAGCUCCUACUGAGUUUAAAAAAAAAGAAAGAAAAUCUAUAAGUGCCAGACAAAAGGUCUAUUUUUCUGUGUUUAACUUGUAAAAUCAUGUUGUUUGUAAUAUUUUUGAUUUUCGUUUGUUUGUCUUUGUCAUUUUUACGGUGGGUGUGUGAUGUGUAUGCACCCUGAAGAGAGGAUUUCCAGAGUGGAACACAACUGGCAUGGCAACCGUUUGUAAACAACGGUUAUGUUCUGUACAUUUUUUUUUUUUUUUGAAGAAAAAAAGACAAAUAAAUUAUACUGAAUGCC